AUUAUGGAUACUUUUAACGACAAUUAUAAAAAACGUAUGUCUAAUACGUACGAAGAUGAAGAAGAACGAAAACAUUUUCAACGAAUUAUUUCGGCUUUUAAACAUUAUAAACCGCAUUCAUUACAACGAGUCCGUAAGACAGAGAAUUAUUUAGCAUCGUUACCUCAGCAUCACCAAAAAUUGCUUUUAAAUUACCGUGAGCAUUUGCAACAAGUUAAAGUUCGUAUUGAACACAACGCUGAGAUAAUAAAACUGAUAACACGUGGUGCGUCGAGUAUUUUUGAAAACGUAAAUCCACUUGAUGAACACGAUAAUACAUUAAAUUCACGGCCAAUUCUAGCUGAUCAAGAAAAAGUCCAAGCAACUAUCAAGCAGCUGAUCCGUGAUUGGAGCAUACAAGGGAUUGAAGAAAGAAAAACAUGUUACCAGCCAAUUAUUGAUGAAAUAAUUCAUCAAUUCCCUUCUGACGAAUGUGAUCCUUCCAAGAUAAAUGUCCUUGUACCUGGAGCUGGAUUAGGGCGACUAGCAUACGAAAUAGCCAAGCGUGGUUACACUUGUCAAGGAAACGAGUUCUCGUUAUUUAUGUUGUUUGCUUCAUACUUUGUUUUAAAUAAGUGCAGAGAAGUUAAUUCGUUUAAAAUUUAUCCUUGGGUGCAUCAGUAUAUGAAUAAUUUAUGCUCAUCGCAUCAGACGCAAGAUGUAUCAUUUCCCGAUGUUAAUCCAAGCGACUUGCCAGAGAAUGCACAAUUUUCGAUGACUGCUGGAGAUUUUUUAGAAGUUUAUCAUGAAUACGAUCAUUGGAAUUGCAUCGCCACAUGUUUCUUCAUUGACUGUGCGAAUAAUGUAGUCCAAUUCAUUGAAACAAUCUACAAAACUUUAAAACCCGGUGGAAUUUGGAUAAAUUUGGGUCCACUUCUCUAUCACUUUUCUGACAUGCCUAACGAAGAUUCAAUUGAGCCCAGUUAUGAAAUCGUUAGACAAGUUAUUUUAGGCUUUGGUUUUAAAAUCGAGAAAGAACAAACGCAAGUUAAAACUCGUUACGCGCAAAAUAUCAACAGUAUGUUGCAAUGUGAGUACAACAGCGUGUAUUUUGUAUGCAGAAAGCCAAAUAAGCAGUCAAUAAUUGAUAGCAAAAAUGAUAUGUUAGAUAUCAAUGGACAGUCCGAUAACAUUAAAAUCGAUUGUGAUAAUGAUCAUUUAAAUAACCAUGAUAUUCACGAAGAAGCAAUUUAA